AUCGCUGCUCUGAACGUCGCUGCCGGCGUUCCUCCAAUGGUGUGAGUCCACAUGCGGCGCUGGGGAGGCAGAGGGGCAGCAGAGAGGCGCUUUCAUAAAGCGGGCUGUCAGCGCAGCGCGCAGACACAGGAGCUGCGCCACGGAGAAGGAGCGGAGCGGAACGGACGGCGCACGAGCGCACGGCACGCGGACACUUCACCGCCAUCUCCGGAGCACAGCGGGCGCGCGCGCUAACCGGGACGGGAGAGGAGUUUAGAAAAAAAGGGAAAAAAAAAUCUCUGUCAGGAAAUCUUAGCGCAGAGGACGCGGCGCGCGGCAGCUGCCCGGUCGCUAAGCGAACGUGAACGUGAACGGACAGCUUUCGGCAGACGAACUCUUCACAGCCUUUUGCUCCAACAUAAAGUAGUGACAGUUGGGGCAUCCUCCCUGCUGCGUUUGGGGCUGUGUGGGAAGGAGCCGCCGGCCCGGUCCGGUCCGCCAUGGAGAACGCGCACACGAAGAGCGUGGAAGAAGUUUACAGUCAUUUCUGCGUCAACGAGAGCACCGGACUGUCCCUGGAGGAGGUGAAGCGGCAGAAGGACAAAUGGGGCCUAAACGAGCUACCAGCAGAAGAAGGGAAAUCUCUGUGGGAGCUCGUCCUCGAACAGUUUGAAGAUCUGCUGGUUCGAAUCCUUCUCCUUGCUGCGUGCAUAUCUUUUGUCCUGGCCUGGUUUGAGGAGGGAGAAGAAACCAUCACGGCGUUUGUGGAACCUUUCGUCAUCCUGCUCAUCCUCAUCGCCAACGCCAUCGUGGGAGUGUGGCAGGAACGUAACGCUGAGGAUGCUAUCGAGGCUCUGAAGGAGUAUGAACCCGAGAUGGGGAAAGUGUACCGGCAGGACAGGAAAACUGUGCAGAGGAUCAAGGCCAGAGACAUCGUUCCUGGGGACAUCGUGGAGGUGGCUGUUGGAGACAAGGUGCCUGCUGACAUUCGCAUCUGUUCAAUCAAAUCCACCACUCUGCGGGUUGACCAGUCCAUCCUGACAGGCGAGUCCAUCUCAGUCAUCAAACACACGGACCCGGUACCUGACCCACGAGCAGUCAAUCAGGACAAAAAGAACAUGCUCUUCUCUGGCACCAACAUUGCAGCGGGGAAAGCUGUGGGUGUGGUUGUGGCCACUGGAGUGAACACGGAGAUCGGUAAGAUUCGUGACGAGAUGGCGGCCACAGAGCAGGAGAAGACGCCCCUGCAGCAGAAGCUGGACGAGUUCGGCGAGCAGCUGUCCAAAGUCAUUUCCGUCAUCUGCAUCGCCGUGUGGAUCAUCAACAUUGGCCACUUCAACGACCCCGUGCACGGCGGCUCCUGGAUCCGCGGGGCGGUCUACUACUUCAAGAUUGCCGUGGCGCUGGCGGUGGCUGCCAUCCCCGAGGGGCUUCCUGCCGUCAUCACCACCUGCUUGGCGCUGGGCACUCGCCGCAUGGCCAAGAAGAACGCCAUCGUCCGUAGCCUGCCCUCAGUGGAGACACUGGGCUGCACCUCUGUGAUCUGCUCGGACAAAACCGGCACCCUAACCACCAACCAGAUGUCGGUCUGCAGAAUGUUUGUUGUCAAUAAAGCUGAAGGAGACAGCUGCUCCCUGUCAGAGUUCACCAUCACCGGUUCCACUUAUGCUCCUGAAGGAGACGUGUACCAGGACGGUAAGCCGGUGAAAAGCUCCCACUUUGAUGCUCUGGUGGAACUGGCGACCAUCUGUGCGCUCUGUAAUGACUCCUCGCUGGACUUCAAUGAGGUGAAGGGCGUGUACGAAAAGGUUGGCGAGGCCACAGAGACGGCGCUGACGUGUCUGGUGGAGAAAAUGAACGUCUUUGACACUGAGGUCCACAGUCUGUCCAAGAUUGACAGAGCCAACGCUUGUAACUCAGUGAUCAAGCAGCUGAUGAAGAAGGAGUGCACCCUGGAGUUCUCCAGAGACAGGAAGUCCAUGUCGGUCUACUGCACCCCAAACAAGUCCCGCUCUUCUAUGGGCAAGAUGUUCAUCAAGGGGGCCCCAGAGGGAGUCAUUGACAGGUGCACCUAUGUCCGGGUUGGCAACAACAAAAUUCCCCUCACCCAAGGCAUCAAAGACAAAAUCCUGUCUGUCAUCCGUGAGUAUGGCACUGGACGGGACACCCUAAGGUGCUUGGCUCUGGCCACAAGAGACAGCCCACCCAAACUGGAGGACAUGGUUCUGUCCGACACCGCCAGGUUCUCAGAGUAUGAGUCUGACCUCACCUUUGUCGGCUGUGUUGGCAUGCUGGACCCCCCCAGGCAGGAGGUGGCUGCCUCCAUCAAGCUGUGCCGCCAGGCUGGCAUCCGCGUCAUCAUGAUCACAGGGGACAACAAGGGCACAGCUGUGGCGAUCUGCCGCCGCAUCGGCAUCCUGACAGAGGACGAUGAUGUGGAGCACAUGGCUUACACUGGCCGCGAGUUUGACGAGCUGUCACCGUACGCCCAGCGGGAGGCCGUGACCCGGGCGCGCUGCUUCGCCCGCGUUGAGCCCUCACACAAGUCCAAGAUUGUCGAGUUCCUGCAGGGAUUUGAUGAGAUCACCGCCAUGACAGGAGACGGCGUGAAUGACGCGCCGGCUCUGAAGAAGGCAGAGAUCGGUAUCGCCAUGGGCUCGGGCACCGCCGUGGCCAAGUCCGCCUCAGAAAUGGUUCUUGCGGAUGACAACUUCUCCUCCAUCGUGGCUGCUGUGGAAGAAGGCAGAGCCAUUUACAACAACAUGAAGCAGUUCAUCCGAUACCUUAUCUCCUCCAACGUGGGGGAGGUCGUCUGCAUCUUCCUGACUGCGGCUCUGGGCUUCCCCGAGGCUCUGAUCCCAGUCCAGCUUCUCUGGGUCAACCUGGUGACCGACGGCCUCCCCGCCACCGCCCUCGGGUUCAACCCGCCUGACCUGGAUAUCAUGGAGAAGCCCCCACGCAACGCCAAGGAGCCUCUGAUCUCUGGAUGGCUCUUCUUCAGAUAUCUGGCCAUAGGAGGUUAUGUGGGUGCUGCCACCGUGGGAGCGGCUGCCUGGUGGUUUAUAGUGUCUGAGGACGGGCCACAGCUCACCCUGUACCAGCUGAGUCACUACCUCCAAUGCAGCGCAGAAAACCCGGAGUUUGAAGGCCUGGACUGCCAAGUCUUUGAGUCGCCCUACCCCAUGACCAUGGCCCUGUCGGUGCUGGUCACUAUUGAGAUGUGCAACGCUCUGAACAGCCUCUCAGAGAACCAGUCCCUGCUGCGGAUGCCUCCCUGGGAGAACAUUUGGCUGCUGGGGGCCAUCUGCCUCUCCAUGUCCCUCCACUUCCUCAUCCUUUACGUGGAGCCUCUACCUGUCAUCUUCCAGAUCACCCCUCUUGAUACGACCCAGUGGAUGAUGGUGCUGAAGAUCUCCCUCCCCGUCAUCCUGCUGGACGAGCUGCUAAAGUUUGUGGCCAGGAACUACUUGGAAUUUGGUAAACACCUGGAGAAGCCGACCAGCAAAGGCUGCCCGCCGUUUGCAUGCGUGGACGGCAUCUCCUGGCCGUUUGUGGCCGUGGCCCUGCCCGUGGUCCUGUGGAUUUACAGCACCGACACUAACGUGUCCGCCAUGUUGUGGCCCUGACUGACUCCGCCCCACAGACCCUCCCGCGCACCAGUGUGAAGUGGACAUUAACACACAUCUAACACAGUUACGAUAACGUGGAAUAACCCGCUCCCCGUCCCGUCUGUGGUAUUAAGUACACAUUCACUGCUAUUGUUGGCUCAGGUCAGGGAGGGGCAUUAGUUCAUUUUAUAAUUACUUUUACAGAUAUUAGUUUUUUAUCGUUUCACCCCCCAUCCCUCCUCAUUGGUUAGAGACACCCAUUGUGUUGGAGCUUUAUGCUGAGCUGUACAGAGAAUUGAAACUAUUUUAUGAUAAUAAUAUUUUGUAAUUUUUGGGGAGGGCUCUGGGGGAAUAUAUAACAGAACAAAUUGGUGAGCUAAGACUUGAAUUCUUCUUCCCUGACUCAAAUCUUAAAGUUCUUCUUCUUCUUCACUGAUGGUUACCUUCUGCUUUAGGCAGAACGCAGCUACCUCAAUGCUGUUAUUGUCAUCACACUCGAUCCUCUGUAGAAGUGUUGAGGUAAGCUCCAGUCUAUCCGGAUUCAUUUCCACUAGGGCUGCCACAAAUUAUUAUUUUAAUAGUCCACUAAUCACCGAUUUUUUUUUCCGAUUAGUCGACUAAUCGGAUCAUGUGCAAACUAGAUUUAAAGCACACAUCUUAACCAUCAUUAGCUUUAAACUAACUAAAAAUAAAGACAGUUAAAAUGAUAGUUUAUUAAACUUUUAAUAAAUCAUGCAGCUUCCGCCCUUCAUUAGUUUCUGGGAUUAAAACAAGAUUAAAUGUAAUGAGAGAAUUAAGGAAAAUACUUUCCAUCAAACUCAUUUUGACAGGUGACCUUUGACCCUACAUCAAGGGUGUUAAACUCAAUCACACAAGGGGUCAAAAUCCAAAAUACACCUUAGGUCGUAGGUUGAACAGGAUAAACA